AUGUCUGGCCGAGUUGUGAAGCCACUUGUUGCAGCGUUGAUAUCUCUGAAUGCUUCCCUCUUUGGGCUUCAAUACUACUACACUCGACCUCUGUCACCUCGAGUCGAAGACCCGCUAUCACAGAACACAUCUAGCUGGUCUAAAAUCUCUCAGUCAGAUCCGCUCAGGGGCCUUCGAGAUCGGCGUCUUACUGAUCCGAAGACUACUAUCAACGACCUCAUCAUCCAAAAUGAUGAGCAUGGGGCCCGAGGUCCCAUAUACAAGUUAUCGGACAGCCCUGGCAAGGGCAUGGGUCUCUUCGCAACGGAGGCAAUCCCUAUUGGCGGCAAGAUCCUCGAAGAAUACAAUGUUAUAGCAUGUGGCAAUGAAGGCGAGAAGGGUGGCUGGAAGUUUGGUCCCAGAGAUCUACAAAGCUUCGUGGGACAGGUGAUGAGCCUCUCGCCGCAGCUGCAGAGAGACAUGUUCAAACUGCAGGGCAAGCAGGUCUUGUCCCCCCCCCUGAUGAGCUACUACGGGAAGAUAUUGAGGGAGGAGGUCUACUGCGCCGAUGGCUCUCGGCUCUCGUGGCGAGAGUCGCUGAGGCUGCAGGAUGCACUGCGCAUUUUUUACACGAACGCUGCGACGCUCUAUGAACCUGACUCUACGUGGUGCCUUCAGCGGCCUGUGGAGCAGGAAGUUGGUGAUGGUCUCUUUUUGACCUUUAGCAGGAUCAAUCAUUCUUGUGAGCCAAAUGCGGCGUGGGAUACCGGCCGCAAGGCGGGAGUGAUGGAGGUCAGGGCGAGGAGACAGAUCCAGGCGGGCGAGGAGAUCACCAUCUCUUAUAUAGGCCAACUUGAUAGGCCAGUCGCUGAGCGGCGCAGUAGACUUCGUCGAUGGGGGUUUGACUGCCAGUGUAAAUAG